CUCUGGGCUGUUCAUUGUUUUAAGGGCGAGAGUUCAGCAUUUUUACUGAUGACUAUUCUUCGGGAAAGCGGACAUUUCAGGAGUCUACUCUAAAGAGGAACGUGGAGAUUGAGCUAUCUUGAACUUUAGAUAUUAUAAAUACAACUAAACACUAAAUAUGGGCCUUCAGCACGACUGGCAAAGUUUAUCUCGAGACUCCUAAUUUGCAGAUAAUCGGGUAGACCAAAAAGAUGACAUCUCCUGCAGUUGGAAGCUGACAUUAUACCUUGAAAUGUGAAAGGAUGGAUAACAUAGAAAGCUCAGUGUCGGAUUGUAAUGCUUCCAAUGGCUAUGUUAACAAAGUCUUCAGUGUGUCUCUGGACAUGGAGAGUGAAACAGGAAUUGUGCAAAUCCGCAAAUCCAAGGAUCUUAAGGAAUCAUUGGAUUUGGCUUCCUUUCAGAGUCCGUUUAAAGAGAAACAGGAACUGAACCGGGCAUCAAAAACCACAGGCAUUUGGAGGAUUCUGAACAACCGAAAAAUUGCCUCUGACUGUGAGAGACGACCUCACUCUAUGAUACUUUUGGGGGAAGCAUCUGCCUCCAAGCUUUCAUUUGCUGACAAAGUAAGGGGUUUCAAAAAAUUUAAGUCCCCUUCUGUCUUCAGAGGCAAAUCUGGCAAGCUUGCCAGUGCCAGGUUCCACAGUGCACUUAAGACUGAUACAAAUGAGGACAGCAGGAACUCUCCAGCUUCGUUACAUUCUCAGAGGAACAUACUCAGGAAUAAAGGCAAAAGGCACUCUUAUGCAGGAUACACUACUGAGUUUGAUUGCUCUUUUGAGGAUAUAGACUUUACUACUACAAAUGAGAAUAAUCACCAUUUACCUAAAAACACACAUAGACUACAAAACCUUUUUAAGGCUCAAACAUCCACAAACAAGGCUGACUCAAACUGCAACAACUCAUUUGUGACAGUCCAUGAAGAACAAUAUGUAAAAGAUAGCCCCAAGGUACCUCUAGGAGGAAGACGAUCUAAAAGAGGUGAUGUUUGGAAUUACUUGAAAAGAAUUUCCUUCGUAGGAAAGGGAAGUUCAACUUUGUUGGAGAAGAGCUUUGACUCCAUGUACACACUGGACAAAACAAUUGACUCAGACUGUGUUUCUGUUGAUAUAGAGUAUAUUAAAGACCCUAUGCCUAUACCCCAACAGACAAGUCCAGAUGUAAAAAGCAGCCACUUUAGGGGAUUGUUUAGGUUCUUUAACAGCAUGGCUGAGACUGCUCGAAAAUGGAGGAACUCAUCCAGGCCCUUCUCACCUCCGGAAGGUGAAUGCCCCAAUAUUGGCUCAGCAAGAACACAGCCAAUGGAAGAAUUUUUUCACACUAAACCUAAUGCACUAAAAACAGAAGAUGAGGCUUUCACUGAGCCUGUGUUCACCCCUAAUGUAUGUGAAGUUGUCUCACCUGAUGAAGUUUUAAACCCGACCCCACAUGUGAUGCCAAAAUCUUGGAAAGCAUGGCCACACUUAUCAAGCACUAAUAGAGUCUCCAAUGGGACAGAAUCACAACACACGUCCACCCACACCUCUCUGGCCACUAUCGAGAAUCACCAGGGAAGUGAUGGCCCAGAAGGUCAUUCUCUAUCUGAGCCUGAGCUACAGGUUGACUUGCAUGAAGAAAGUGAGUCUGUGUCUUCUGGAAUCUCAGCUAAAACCAAAGAACUGGCAAAUGGUGAAAAACUGAGUAUUUGCAAUGAUUUGAUUCCAGACUGUCGAGAUGAAAUGUUCAAGGCUCUUUCUCUGCCUCCUGGCACGUCACCUCAAGAACCUCCUUUUAAACUGGUCCUACAGAGAUGCCAUUCACUUCCUCUUCCACAGCAUGCCCUUUCUAGAUCGAUGGUAGCCAGCCUGCUGCUAGACCAAUCAGCAGCUGAAUCUGUUGGGAGACAAUCAGCCACUGUCCACAGCAGCAAUGGAAGUGCCACCCAAAGAAAAUUGCCCAGACCUCGUUCUGGACCUCUGCAAGUGAAUGUGCUGAUUAGCGGAGGGACCACAGUCAAUGCUGAGGCAGUAUGGGAUCACGUGGCCAUGGCUGAUCGUGAACUGGCAUUUAAGGCAGGAGACGUCAUUAAGGUCCUGGAUGCUUCCAACAAGGAUUGGUGGUGGGGGCAGAUUGACGAUGAGGAGGGUUGGUUUCCAGCCAGCUUUGUACGACUGUGGGUGAACCAGGAAGAUCGAGCCAUUAAAGCAGCUGAGGGCAGCAAUGAGGUCCAGAAUGGCCACCUGGAUGCAGGUAGUGAUUGUCUCUGCUUGGGUCAGCCACUCCAGAACAGAGACCAGAUGAGGGCUAACGUAAUCAACGAGAUCAUGAGCACAGAGCGUCACUACAUCAAGCACCUGAAAGAUAUAUGUGAGGGUUACUUGAGGCAGUGCAGAAAGAGAAUUGACAUGUUCAAUGAAGACCAGGUAAAAGUCAUUUUUGGAAACAUUGAGGACAUCUAUAGAUUUCAAAUGGGAUUUGUCCGGGAUUUGGAAAAGCAGUAUAACACAGAGGAACCCCAUCUGAGUGAAAUCGGCCCAUGCUUCCUGGAACAUCAAGAUGGGUUCUGGAUCUACUCUGAGUACUGCAACAACCAUCUGGAUGCAUGUAUGGAGCUAUCUAAGCUGAUGAAGCAUGGACGCUACCAGCACUUCUUUGAAGCAUGCCGUCUCCUACAGCAGAUGAUUGACAUUGCAAUCGACGGUUUCCUGCUGACCCCAGUGCAGAAGAUCUGCAAAUACCCACUGCAACUGGCUGAGCUGCUCAAAUACACAGCACAGGAGCACAGUGACUAUCGUUAUGUGGCUGCAGCAUUAGCCGUCAUGAGGAAUGUGACACAGCAGAUCAAUGAGCGCAAGAGAAGACUGGAGAACAUAGAUAAGAUUGCUCAGUGGCAGGCAUCUGUUUUGGACUGGGAGGGUAAUGACAUUUUGGACCGAAGCUCUGAGCUGAUCUACACAGGUGAGCUAUCCUGGAUCUACCAACCUUAUGGGAGAAGUCAACAUCGAGUCUUCUUUCUUUUUGACCACCAGCUAGUGUUAUGUAAAAAGGAUCUUAUUCGACGUGACAUACUUUACUACAAAGGCCGCAUUGACAUGGACAGGUAUGAAGUGAAAGAAGCAAUGGAUGGACGGGAUGAUGACUUCAAUGUUACCAUCAAGAAUGCAUUUAAACUGCACAACAAGGACACAGAGGAGAGCCAUAUCUUUCUAGCCAAAAAAUUGGAGGAAAAGCUUCGCUGGCUUAGGGCAUUUCAUGAGGAGCGGAAAAUGGUGCUGGAGGAUGAAAAAAUAGGCUUUGAAAUUUCUGAAUAUCAGAAAAGACAAGCUGCCAUGACUGUGCAUAAGGUGACUAAACAGAAAGCUCUAAAUAGGUAUGUGCCCUAUUCAUCACCUUGUCCCCAGGAGGCAAUAACCAAAGGACAAUUUGCAUCCACUGGUGACUUGGCACAAACCAACCUAUUUGAGAAUCAUCAACUUAGACAAGCUCAAUCACCAUUCUGGCAAAAUUUUGGAAGGUUAGCUUUGCUGAAAAAAUAGCAGAGAUGUUAACAUAGUAGCUUAAAUAACUAACUGGUGCACUGGAUGGUUUCAUCUGCUCUCACUGCAACAAAAUAGUGGAGAAACAUUCAUCUGGAUCUUCAAAAACUGAUUGAUCCAUUCAUUCAAUAGCAGCAUCAAUGACCCUGGCUGGACAUUUUAUUGGACUUCUGUUAUCAUCGAAUUUUGAAGACUCUCGACAGAACAUUAAAGAAAAACCUUGUGCAAAAUAACAAGAAAGUAAAAUUGUGGAUCAUUUAGCAAUAUGGUAACUGUCACUAAUUUCAAUUAAAUGUCAGCAGCACCUUCAACAUUUUUGGAAAAAAAAAAAUUUCAAUUAAAUAUAGUCCAAAAGAAAUAGUGAUACAGUACAUAUAUACACCAGUCAGCCAUAACAUUAUGAGCACCAACAGAUGGAAAGAAUAGCAUUGCAAAUUUAUAAGAUCCAUUUUUCUUAUGACUUUAUCUGUAAAAUAUCCAUAAAACUACCCUUGCUGGUUAAAUUUUUAUGCAUUUAGUUUAAAAUGUGUUACAGAAAGCAUGUACUCUGUGUAUACCAAGAUACAAAAUAUAAAAAAAAAAAUACUGACCUAUACAUUUUCAAUGUACAAAACUAGUGUAAAUUAUCCCAGAAUUCCGUCCAGUCAAGUUAUUUCACACCAAACUCGUUCAUCCAUGUUUUUAUGGACCUUGCUUUGUGCACUGGUGCGCAGUCAUGUCAGAACAGUGAGUAGCCAUCCUCAAACUGUUCCCACAAAGCUGGGAGCAAAAACUUUUCCAAAAUGUCUUGGUAUGCUAAAGCAUUAAGAAUUUUUUUAUAUAUAUAAAUGAAUGAGCUAAUCUAAGAGCCUCAUAAAGUUUGGAGCUGUGUAGCAGAAAGUUGGUGAGCUAUGUGCACUAUGUGUCUCUGCAUCCGAUGACCCCGUUCUGUUAUUUAUGUUUGUAGAAGCAGUCUGCAUGCCUAGGUGCUUGAGUUUAUACUCCUGUACCCAUGGAAGUGAUUCAAACACUGAUAAUUUGGAUGGUUGAGUGAAUACUUUUAGUGCCAAUAUAGUGUGCAGUGUAUAUACAGUACAUGCUUUCUGUAAGGUAACAUAAAAUGUAAGACUAUGAAUAUAAAUCUUUAACCUGACCUGACCUCAAACAAAAUUAAUAAAAAUUCUAACAGUAAGGGCAGUUUUGGGGGGACUAUUACAAAUAUAUCCAUAAGAAUGACUUGUCUUAUAAAGUUGCAUUUUUAAGACUAUAUUUUCUAAACAGGGUAUUUAUUUGCUCUUGAUGACUAUCCUUUUGUUAUCAGUUUAAAUUUGUAGAUAUAAAAUGGUUCUUUUAAAUAAUAUUGUAGUUUGUGUCAAAGUCAUGUUAAACACCUCUACAGAUUUAACCAGCAUCAAAAAUGUGAAUUCAUGUUAUCUGAAGCACUUUACCUGAUGUUUAGGAUGUUAUGGUAUCUUGGUAGCAUUAUUGUGUAAUAAAUUUAAAAUCACUUAUGUACUUUUUUAUGGUUGUUAAGACAUUUCUCAACAUUAGACAAUGAGUAUUAUUAUUAAGGAUUAUGUAAGUGCACAUGUAACUGUGGUUAAAGGGACCUGGACAACUGUCAUGGGCAGUUAAAAAAAAAAAACUCCUGAAUUUAAUGCUUCUUUAUGUAUGUGCACACACAUGUUAAGACCUUUCACCAAACUCAGGAAAUUAUUUAUGAUAUGUGCUAUAAAUACUGCAGUCAUACACAUCUUUCCCUGCAUCCUCCUUGACAAAGUCUAUUGCCUCAGUAGGCCUACACAUACAGAACCACACAUACAGUACAUGCCUACCUCACAUAAUGUUGACCUAUUGUAACCAUAGGUCAUCACUGGUGGAUGAAAUUAUCUGGAUAGUCAGAAUCACUUUUGCCAAGUAAACAAAUACAGUACAAAAUCUGAACAAGAAUCAAGCAGGCAAGUGUGUUAAACUCUGGACACCCAGACCUACAAUCCAUGUACAGUACAAUAAACACCAAAAAUGCUGUACACAAAAACAUAGACAACUCCUCAUUCAUAACAUAAAAUCAGGAGAAGGUUGAACUUAACUACAUUACUACUAUUGAUGAACAUAAAAUGCAUGGAAGCUCAGAAUGGUGUAAUUGGAGAAGACAGAACAGGUUAAGAUGUGUUGAGUUACUGCACCUUACAAAAAGUAAGCUUACUUGAUUAUGGUAUUCUUAUCCAUUUGUGAUCUAAGGGUGGCAGUGCUGAGUAUAUAAAAACCAGACACAAUGCAUGGUGGCACCCUGGUAGAAAUAGCACAGACUUUCUAAUGUGUCUAAGAUUUUAACUACUCAAUAGGGAAGAGUGGAAUUUUGUAGAAUGUGCUGCUUGUCCAGCCAAUCUGUUGGCAUCAGUACUAGGCACGUACUAUUUGUGAUCUAUCCAAUGAGAUCAAAUGUGUACCACAACGUGUAAUAAACUGGUGUCUAAUAAACAAACACUGAUAGUACCAUAUGAUACACUAGUGGUACAAGAAGUGUAUGAGGCAAUGAAAGUAUACUGUAGAAGGCUCCCUAAUACAUGUCUAUGUGACUUUGUUAAAAGGUCUCAGCUUGUGUGCACACAUGCACAAGAACAUAUUCAGUCGAUUUUCACUGCCCCUCGAUGAAAUGAGACGGUGGAACAUUUAGUAAAAGGGUUCAUUUUUAUAUAGGGGAUUAUUAUAAUAUAAAUAUACUAUUACUUUUAAUAAUGUCCACUGUUUCAGAAAUGGAUACAAAUAUAUUUCUGAUAUUUUGGAUUCAUUUUAGUUUGUUUUAAUUUAUAGUUUUAUCUAUUUGUAAUGGCUAACUGCUUAAAUAAACCCCUACCUGUUUAAUGCAAAUUGCUGUUCAAUGUACAGGCUGAAAAUGUAUUACCCAUUAAGUGUAUCCAGGUUUAGAAUAAAUCAGUUACAUCAAUCAUGAUAAAUGUUUAUUAACAUUAAUUUUUGCCAAAAAUAUUUUGUGGCUCAUGACUAUGAACAUGGUCUAAAGCUAUUACCUAAUUUGUUUUGUGGACAGCCUUGAAGCCAAAAAAACCCCCUGGAAAAUCCCCAGAAUGUAACCAGUAGAUUUUUAUUUUUUUUUUUCUGUGGUGAUUUAAUGAACUGCACAGAUUAGAAAAUGUAUUCUUUUAAAGAUUAUCAGACAUUAUUUUGAUUUUGUACAACAUGAACUGAUGAGCACAGAUAUGCAUAAUUAAAAAAUACACAUAAAUAUAAAACAUGUUAAUGUCUAUAAAGCACUGUUUUGUUUUAUCUUAUUUUUUUAUAAUGAUAAUAAAGGGUUAUAUUCU